AUGACCGAGGCGGCGCUGGUGGAGGGCCAGGCCAAGCUGCGGGACGGCAAGAAGUGGAAGACUAGGUGGCUGGUGCUGCGCAAGCCGUCGCCGGUGGCAGACUGCCUGCUGAUGCUGGCCUACAAGGACAAGGCGGAGCGAGCCAAGGGCCUCCGGGAGCGCAGCAGCCUGACGCUGGAGGACAUCUGUGGCCUGGAGCCCGGCCUGCCCUACGAGGGCCUGGCCCACACGCUGGCCAUCAUCUGCCUGUCCCAGGCUGUCAUGCUGGGCUUCGAGAGCCGCGAGGCCAUGUGUGCCUGGGAUGCCCGGAUCCGCUAUGCACUCGGCGAGGUGCACAGGUUCCACGUGACGGUGGCACCAGGCACCAAGCUGGAGAGCGGCCCCGCCACCCUUCACCUCUGCAAUGACAUCCUUGUGGUGGCCAGGGACGUCCCCCCGACUGUCAUGGGGCAGUGGAAGCUGUCAGACCUCCGGCGCUACGGGGCCGUGCCCAACGGAUUCAUCUUUGAAGGCGGGACCAGGUGUGGGUACUGGGCCGGAGUCUUCUUCCUGUCCUCAGCCGAGGGAGAGCAGAUCAGCUUCCUGUUCGACUGCAUCGUGCGUGGCGUCUCCCCAACCAAGGGGCCCUUCGGGCUACGGCCGGUUCUCCCAGACCCGAGCCCUGGGGGACCCGCCACCACGGAGGAGCGAGUGGCCCAGGAGGCCCUGGAAGCCCUGAAGCUGGAGAAGCGGCUCAGCCUCCUCGCCCACGCGGUCCGGCCCGGCAGCGGAGGGGAUGACCGCAGCCUGUCCAGCUCGUCCUCGGAGGCCAGCCACUCGGACGUCAGCGCCGGCAGCCGGCUCACCGCGUGGCCGGAGCCGUCCUCAUCCUCGGCCAGCACGUCGCAGGAGGGCCCGGGGCUGGCGGCUGCCCAGGCCUCCGGGGAGGUGGCGCCGGGCACCUCGAGGCCGCCCCCCAAGCCGCUGCGGCCGCGGCAGCUGCAGGAGGUCGGCCGCCAGGGCUCGUCGGACAGCGGCAUCGCCACGGGCAGCCACUCCUCCUACUCAGGCAGCUUCUCCUCCUGCGCCGGCAGCAGCCUGGACGUGUGGCGUGCAGGGGACGAGUUUGGCUCCCUGCUCAGCCUGCCGCCGGCGGCCGGGGUGCCUGAGCCUGGCCUGUGCGCCUGCCCACCGGGGACAGCCGAGUACCAAGUGCCCACGGCCCUGCGGCACCAUUAUGACACGCCGCGCAGCCUGCGCCAGGCCCCCAGGGACCAGAUCCCGGCCGUGCAGGGCGGCCCCGAUGACGGUGGGGCCGGGGACUUGGGUGGCCAGAUGUCUGCGGGGUGUCCCUCCGGCUGGCUGGGCGCAAGGCGGCGGGGACAGGCGAUGGAGGCCCUGGGCUGCGAGGCCCCUGGCGAGGGCUGGGAAGCAGGCAGCCCCCACGCUGGGCCUCCUGCAGCUUUCUUUUCCACCUGUCCAGUCUGUGGAGGACUCAAGGUAAACCCCCCUCCCUGA